CAAUGUUGGUAAUGAAUAUCGGAACGUAGCAAUAGUAGCGUCACUCUCCAAAUUUUGCGUAGCAGAUAUAAAUCUUCUUUUAUAAAAAAACUAUGGAAAUGAAAAAAGAGAGUAUGUUGGUCCGUAAUUCGUGGUGUAUAGUAAAGGAAUGCAACAAAAUUGCUAUUCAAGAAAAAAAAUAUUUUUUUCGGUUUCCAAAAGAACAUGACAGAUGGCUAAAAUGGAUCGAAGCAUGUGGGAGGUUUGAUUUAAAAAAAAUGGGAGCGGAAUAUGCGUACAAGGUAUAUAAAAUGUGCCACUUACAUUUUGAAAAAAAAUGGUACAAAAUAGGCAAAAAGAGAUCAUACCUUCAUCCAGAUGCCAUACCGACAAUAUUUUAUGGAAAAAACAAUUCACAGACUGAAAUAGUAUCAGUAGAUGAAACUGUGGAGAAAAAGGAAGAAGACACAAAGAAAAUAGAGGAAAACCUGAAAACGGAAAAUAUUACUGAGGUUUCUAUGCCAAACAUAUCAGUUCUCGUCGACCGACAGAAACGCUUGAACAGAUGUGACAAAAUGAACUACAAUUAUAUCAUUGUCACCACACCAAUUCAGAUGUCUCAGUUAGACAAUAAAAACACGAUGCAAUCCGUACAAGUACAGAAUAUGCGCCAAAUAAAAAAAUUACAGCAACGGCUUGUUAAAUACAGGAAACAAAUUUUGAAGCUACGUGCAAGAAAUAGACGGCUUUUGGUGCGAAUGGAAAAAAUUAAAAGCAAAGUAGCGGAAAGACAAGAAAGCAGUGAUGUUUGUUUAAACCGACAUCGUGGACCACGUGCAUCAUUCAAUUCAGAUCAUACAUAUGCUAGACUUAUUUCUCAUAGAACUAACUUGGUGAAUUAUAAUUCUACUGUAACUAUAAACAAGAAUGGUGAAACUCUUGUUUAGAGGACGAUACUGCAAUGACAUCGACCUUAACAUAUGUUAUCAAGGUCAUCAUUCUGAGCAACAUGCAAAAAGUUUUAAUCGUCGCUCGUUGUUUGUUAAAAAAUUAUUAACAAAAGAAGUUUCAUUAAUUAAGCAUAAUUUUUCGACACUAUGUACAUUUAGGUUCGGUAAACACAUACAGAAAAAAGGCUUCGCGUUAUUAGAAACACGUAC